CUUAGAAGAGGGACCCAUUAAGAACAGCUCUGGAUCAACCCUAUUUAGUGUCUUAGGAGAGAGAGAGAGAGAGAGAGAGAGAGAGAGAGAGAGAGAGAGAGAGAGAGAGAGAGAGAGAGAGAGAGAGAUUGCCCUAGAUGGCCUUUCAGGACCUUAUAAUUCAAAUUGGCAGCCUGGGGAGGUUCCAGAUUCUUCACAUGAUACUUGUAUUGAUCUGCCAUGCCCUGGUGACUCCUCACACUCUUUUGGAGAACUUCACUGCAGCCAUUCCUAGUCAUCGCUGCUGGGUCCCCAUCCUCGAUAAUAACACUGUGUCUGAUAAUGACAGUAGGAUCCUGAGCCAAGAUGACCUCUUGAGGAUCUCCNUCCCACUGGACUCCAACCUGAGGCCAGAGAAAUGUCGUCGCUAUAUUCAACCACAGUGGCAUCUCCUUCAUCUGAAUGGCACCUUCCUCACUGUAACAGAGCCAGACACAGAGCCCUGUGUGGAUGGCUGGGUGUAUGACCAAAGUACCUUUCUCUCCACCACAGUGACCCAGUGGGACCUGGUGUGUGGAUCUCAGGCACUGAAUUCAGUGGCAAAAUUUAUACACAUGACUGGUAUCUUUAUAGGACAUAUCAUGGGUGGCCAUUUAUCAGACAGGUUUGGGAGGAAGCUCGUUUUCACAUGUUCUUUACUGCAAAUGGCCAUCACUGAAACCUGUGUAGCUUUUGCUCCCACCUUCCUCAUCUACUGCUCACUUCGAUUCCUGUCAGGAAUUUUUAUCUCAUCCCUGAAGACAAACGGUGCUUUGCUCAGAGUUGGACAGAUGCUGUUGGGAGGCCUGGCUUUUGCUAUUCGAAACUGGCACCAUCUCCAGCUGGCUUUAUCUGUUCCAAUGUUCUUACUUCUCAUUCCCACAAGGUGGCUGUCAGAGUCAGCUCGGUGGCUGAUUAUGGCCAACAAACCCCAGAAGAGCUUAAAGGAACUUAGAAAAGCUGCAUGCGUAAAUAGAAUAAAGAAUUCUGGAGAUGCCCUAACCUUGGAGGUUGUGAAAACUAUCAUGAAGGAGGAGUUGGAGGCAGCACAGACAAAACCCUCCCCACUGGACUUGUUCCGUACACCUAACCUUCGCAAACGGAUCUGUCUCCUGUCCUUUGUGAGAUUUGUGUCAGUGAUGGCUUUAUUAGGCCUGCUUAUCAACAUCCAAUACCUGAGCAAUAAUGUGUUCCUACUGCAGUGUCUCUAUGGUGUGGUAUGCAUCCCAGCCAAUGUUCUUGGAAAUAUUUCAAUGAACUACAUGGGCCGCAGAAUAACCCAACUGAUUUUCAUGUCUUUGUUGGGAAUCUCCAUUCUGGCUAUUGUAUUUUUGCCUCAAGAAAUGCAGAGCCUGCGUGUAGUUUUGCCAACAUUAGGAGGAGCAAUUUCUUCUGCCUCUGUAACGAGUACUCUUGUACAUGCAAAUGAGCUAGUCCCCACCAUAAUCAGAGGAACUGCUUUAGGAGUCGUUGGAAUUGCUGGUAGUGCUGGAGGAGCCCUGUCUCCUCUAUUUAUGAUCCUCACGACAUACUCUGCUUCCUUGCCCUGGAUCAUCUAUGGGGUUCUUCCCUUCCUUGGUGGCCUCGUUGCCCUUCUUCUUCCUGAGACCAAGAAUCAGCCUCUGCCUGACUCAAUCCAAGAUGUAGAAAAUAAGAGGAAAAGCUCAAGAGAGGCAAAGAAAGAUGUGGUUGCCAAAGUGACACCAUUAUAAAGAAUUCCAACUGGCCUCUGAUCAAGGAGAAAGAUGAAAAAUAUAUAUCAUUCAGGAUAUGGUGGUCCAGAAUUAUACCCAGAUGUUAGCAAAAUUUUUCCAUAUAAGUCAUUGUAUAAAUAAUGAGUUAAAUUAAAAUUAUACUAGUUUGUCAUGUAUAAAAUAACUAUAAUAAAGAAAUUUGAAUAAAAUCACAAUAUAUUGAAGAAACAUUAACUCAAAAUGUUUAUAGUCAGUGAUACUGGUCAAGUUUCAGUAUACAGUGCAUGUUUGUAAUGUAUGGCAGUUCAAUGGAAUUGAAAUCUUCCAAGCAGGGAGCAGGGUACAGGGAGGCUUCAUGAGACUCAGAAGGUAAACAAAACUUGGAAGGUUCUGGAAGACCUUUAUCUAGCUUUUUUAAAGAAGUAAGUAGUAUUGUGGGAGAAGACUGAGCAGCCAAGCUUGAAAGCAGACAUUUAACUACUGAACUGCCCAGAAACUAUUCAGUAAACCACCACGGUGACAACUUUCAUAAAGUAUUGAGAGGAUUUUCAGUGAUGUAGAUGCUCUUUUUGAGUCAUCCCUGUCCCUGUAAAUAACCUUUCACCCAAAUUCCUGUUGGUAACCCCAAUA